UAUAGCCUUCAGUUGUACACAGUUAUAGCAGUAGUGAAGGGUUGUGUUGUCGGCUCUGUCUAAGGUGACACCAUGCCAACAGGACUCUUGUUACGGUUAGACAAUGUGUCGGGUGUUUUCUUCCCUGGUCAAACUGUAACUGGAGAAGUGACUGUGACAACUACUAAGGAGAAGACAUUCAGAGAAAUUACAGUGAAGUUUCAAGGAUUCUCAAAAGUCCACUGGACAGAGAGGAGGACUGAGAGAAGGAAUGGAAAAUCAACAACAAGAACUGUACAUUACAGAAGUUCAGAGGAAUACUAUAGUACUUCCUAUCGAGUGUGGGGAGAUGGUACGGAAAAUCAGCUUCCAGCCGGCAUGCAUAAAUUCAACUUCUCCUUUGUCCUCCCACUUAACAUUCCUUCCUCCUUUGAGUCUGAGACUGGCCAAGUGCGUCACCUGUGUAAAGCAAAGAUUAGUGUUCCUUGGGGAUUUGAUAAGACCUGCACUCAGCCGUACUCUGUCAACUGCCUUUAUGACUUGAACACAGACUCUGUAGCAAAGCAACCUAUCCAGUGUAAUGAACAUAAGUACCUGUGUUGCCUAUGGUGUAGGAGUGGGCCACUGUCAAUGGUAGUUCGUGUGUCUCGCUCCGGCUACGUCCCAGGAGAGAAGAUUUUGAUUAAUGCUGAGUGCUCGAACAAGACUGAUAGUGUGGUGGAUUAUACUGAGGCCAACAUUCAUCAGGUUAUUGUAUUCCAUGCACAAGGAAAAUCUAAACAUAUAGACCGCAAAGUUGCAGAAAUAAAAAAGCCAGCAAUUCAUGCGGGUGAUGAUUACAUCUGGUCAGAGGUGGGGCUUUUAGUGCCUCCAUUGCCUCCCAGCAAAUUACAAUUCUGUAAUAAUAUUGAAAUAAAUAUUAUUAGUAAAUACAAGUUCAAGAUGAGUCCAUCAGGAUGUCAUGGCAACCUGGAUCACCAGGUUCCCUUGAUCAUCGGCUCCAUCCCUCUGCGAGAACACUUCACCAUGUUCCGGCCAGCAGCUCCUCUCCAGCCCCAGCCAUUGCCAUCAAGCUCAUACCCAACACCAAUGCCACCCUUAGCUCCCAGUGGUCCUAUAGGUGCUACUGCUCCUCCUGCUGGUUUCAAUGUGUCUCCAUAUAAUCCCAAUAUCCCACCUACACAGCCUGGCUAUGUGGCUCCCACAGCUCCAGUAUUUCCAGGGGUCCUGCAUUAUCCUGAUUUGCCUCCACCAUCAUAUAAUGAGUGCAUGUUUGGGGCAACUGGCAUUGCGGAUGACAGUGAUGAUGAAAGUGGCGGCAGGUUUGCUCCGAAAUAUGCCUCUUAUAAUCUUUCAAUGGGUGUAUCAGUAGCUCCACCUCCAUAUAAUGAAUCAAUGCUGCCUCCUGAAAUGAAGAAUGAAAAUGCAGGUGUCAUGAUUGGACAACCAUAAUUAGUGAGAUUUGGAGGCGAAAGCAACUUUUCACGUAGUUAAAGACUUGUUACAGACAUGAGGCAAAACUUGAAGAUAGAAGGAUGUGAAAAUUGUAGAGAAGAAUAAGAAGACAGAAUUCAAAAUAAGAGGACAUAAAACAAUGUCUGUUUUGUGUUUAAGCCUUGUCCUUGCAAUUGAGCCAUGUUCAUGGGUGCAAGCAAGUAAGUUGCCAUUAAUGGACUUCUUACUUGUGUCUGUGGAAAAAACAACAACCUGUUUUGGGAGUGGAGCCACGCCACCAGGCAGUUACUGCAGUGUAAUAAAUGGUCCCUAGAGGGUAUUCUUCUCUUAAGUUUGGACCAGAGUAGCCAAUCUUGCUCAGGAUACUUCUUAUUGUGCACUCAUGGUCUUUCCUAGUUUGUCCUCUUUUAGAUGUGAAAUUUAUAUUUACAUCUGUGUUUUUAGUACUAACAUUCCUGUAUACAGCAUUCUGGUCAUCUUACUGGCUGAUCAUAAUAUUAACUUUAUGCAUAUGGAUAAUUUGUACUUUUUUACAUUGACUGGGGGUGUAAAUCUGAGAUAAUGUUACAUGUUUACUGGAUUUUUAAAAUUAACUAUUGAAUGGGAUAGUUUUAUACAUUUUUAAUGAUGAAUAUAUACACUUUGAAAUAAUGUAUUUCUUUGCUUUGGUGUGUACAAAGUGACCCUCUUCUAGACCUUUUGUGGUUAAAAAUAAUAUAGAGAUUGUAGAAAAUUACAAGGUCUCUGGAUUAUAUUAUGUGUAAAUUUGAGUUUGAUAACCAUUAUUGAGUGCCAUGCACUCAACUGUUCUCUAAUAAACACAGCAGCAAGGCUAGAGGUGAGUAAAGGUGCUUGUUUUGAAAAAAAAUUUUUUUUCCUUAAGUAGUGGAGAAACAUUAGACUAUUAGCUACAAGUAGAUUAUAUUUACUCACCAGUGCCAGGAAUAUUAUCUUUAAUGCUGAAAUUGUAUAACAAAAGUACAAAUACAGUUGAAGACUCUUAAACUGUUUUUUUUUAUGUUUGGUUUCCGGUCAAAUGUCAAAACAUUACAUAGGAGCUAGAUUUUUUUGUGAUGUUAAUAUUUGAUAAUAUGAAUGAGUAUUCUGUUUUAUUGCACUGAUAAUUGAAGUAUAGAGGUUAUCACACAAAAAUAAGUUUUCUUACACAUAUUGUGUAUUUUCUGUCACACAGGCCUGCCUGCUUUAGUCUAUAUACAUAUUUGUAAAGAACAGGAGUGUCCCUUUCAAAUCUUUUGUAGACGUGUCUACAUUAUAACCUAGAAUUAUGAUGCAUAUUUUGAAGACUGUACAUCCUCAUUGUUUGCAAAAAGUUUUGGAGAAGUUGGCAAGUAAAACUUAGAUCUGGCUCCCCUAGUUCCCAAGAUACUGCACCUCUGCCAUGUCUGAAGAAUAAUGAUGACUAACUUGAGUAUGGUUCCGAGUCUUUUAUUGCAAUCUUGAUAAUAAUAUGAGAAACACUGUAUCUAAACCUAACCUUUUAUAUGAUCAAUUAUAUUUUGAUAAUAAUAAAAAAGAAAUUUGUGUAAUAGAUUUUAAAAUAUAUGCACACAAGUUUUGCACUUGACUUAAAAAAAAAAUACAAAGUGACUCGUUGAACAUUUUUGUGGAUGUGCUCUGAUAUACAGAUUUACAGAAAUUACAUGAUUGGCAUGUAGAUUGUACAUGUAAUAAUGAUAAUUUCCUCUCAUGCCAUAGCUGUUUAUGGAGUUCAUAGAGUUUACCAGCUGAGUAUUAUGUACUAUGUUUCUGAGUAUUUAUUAAAAUGUUGCCUUUUGUUUUGUUCAAUUUGUGAUUUUUUGAAACUGUGAUUAUUAUUAAUAUUAUUGUUUUAUUAUUAUUAUUAUUAUUAUUUUUUUUUUUUUCAUUGACCAUCUAAUGUGUUAUGCAUUUACCAUAAACAUCUGAACUGUUGCAUAUCAAUUGGGUUGGUUAUACAUAUGUUAUGUAUAAGUUAAUAUUUCUCCUUCUUAUUUUACUGCAAUGGUUAAAUUAACACAACUAAUUCUUUUCAACAAAUAUAUACCAAUUCUACCUCAACUAAGUGGACUAACACAUUAUGAUAUUCACAUUCUGAAAGACAGAUAUUAACAUUAAUAAUGUUCCAGAGUUAUGAUCAGUUUUGAUAAGACCAUAUUUUUUUAGAAAAAAAACUAGCUGUCAUGAAGUCGUCAUGAAGUGGCUUCAAAAGGAAUUUAUACUGGCAGUUAUUGAUUAGUUUAUUUGAUACUAUAGUCACCCUACUAUGAUGCAACAAAGUUUGUUAUAGUGCAGAAGAAAACUUACAAUUUAUGAAUAUUUAUACAUUUGUUAAUGCAAAUCAUACUGCCAGUCAACUUUGGCAUUCUUGGUAAUUUUGAUGUGAAUUACACCAAAACGUACUAGACAGUUAACACUCAAAAUGUCUCAAAGUUUAGUAUGAACACUUUUAAAGUUGUUACUCAAUUUGUAAACAUGAACUGUAAACCCAUGCUACAUAAGUGCAUUACCAAGUGUCUUAAAGAUAAACAAAUUCCAUCCUAGCUGUCUAUAUUACUUUAACAAAAGUAGCCACAUGUGUAAUACUUCUUUGUUUUUGUUUAGGAUAAAAAUAAAUAAAUAAAUAAGUUCUGCUUCACUGUGCCACAGAUGAUGCGUCAUUUAGAAAUUAGGGUAAUUGUCCCGCAAGUACAAAGCUACCAAUUUGCAGAACCUACCUAACUUCCCAUACCACAGAUAUUGAAUUAUGCAAAAUAGUGUAGAGUAGACAAAACUAAUGUAAAAGAUCAGUACUGAAAGAUCUUUUGUUACUGUUGACCUUAUCUAUUAAGGUAGAUAUAUUGAUUUUUUUUUUCUAUAAUUCAGGACAUUUCUGUAACAGUCAUGAUGACUAUAGCUGUAUUCAUAGAGAUUAUAGUUAUUUCAGAAAAUUGUAAUUAUUUUACUUAAACUACAUUAGGAACAAUUGUGUAUUCUUUUCUUGUGUUUCCCUUACAUAUAUCAGUCUCUUUUUCCCAUCUAUUCAUUUAUUCACUAAUAUAUUUCUCAUCUUGCUGACUGCUUUAUAUUUUAUAUUGUACAUGAAGAGUAUUUGUAUCAAAAAUAUGUUAUCAGACAGGCCUUGACUGAAUAUGUAGUUUUCAAGAAUAUAUUCACUGCCAGUUGUAGAUGAUUGCUGAGGGUCAUAUUGAUAGAUAUUUGUGAUACAACCAUUUUGAUAGCAUUAUUGUAUAUUAUGAAAGAAAAAAAACUUCUUGAAAAUGUUGUCAUGGAUUUGAUUAAGUCUGUAAAGAGAUGAAAAUAAUUGCAUCUGACAUGUGAAUUUUUUUUCUGAUAUAUAUCCCAGAUCUAACAGUAUUGGUCAUUAUGAAAUAGUUUAUAUAGUUUAAACUGUGUGAUAAUUGCAUAACUUUUUUGUUUUAUUUUCAUAGAAAUAAACUUCAUAGUAAAUUUUACAGUUUAGUAACAAAAAUAUUUUAAUGAUUUUAUUUUAAUAUAAACAAUACUUAGUUUUUACUCUGGGAGAUGUUUGAAAAAUACUCUUAAGUGCAUGCCUUAGUAUUUUAUUAUAUGCAGUGUUUAUGAGACUAACUGGUCGCAAUUAUUCAUAACUCUUAAGUUUAGUGGUACUCAUUAAAAUGUAAUUUUGGAAUUAUAUACAUUACAUACAUGAAUAUUGUAAUAUAUUUACUGUCUUUAUAUGUGUAAUAUAAAGUAUAGAUAAAAAGUUUUAUGUAUUUAUUUUUGUGCAAUGUCACUGGGACUUUGGAAGUAUGAAUGCAGUAAAAAAAUUUUUUUUAGUACAUUUGCACUAUUAAUUUAUAAUUCAUCUAAGCUUCAUUUUAUAUGUUUUUUUUAUAAAAGGAAAUGCAUUCAUUUAGAGAAAUAUUAAGACAGAAAAUAUAAUUUAUAAAAUAUGAUUAUUCAGGCUUUUGGAAUUAAUAUGUCACAUUAUUCAGUAUUCUGCUCAAUAGCAUAUUCUACAGACAUACUUUUUUAAAUCCUUUUUUUAGGCAUAUGUAACUUGUUCUUAAACACUGUAUCAGUUGAUUACUCAUAUUUUCUUCAUUUGAACAUAUGUUCAGGAUAGUAUUAAUUUACUUUUAGGGGGCAAAUUUCUUCCUAUAUUUACUUAAUAUAGGGAGAUAUUUGCCAAAAGAGCAUUUAGGGUAGUGGUAUCCACCUCCCUUUUUCAUAUACCACUGCAGAGUGUGCUGUUUUUAUAAAUUGAAUGCAUUUAUUUCUCAGGUAUAAUUAUUUGUCUAUCCAGGUUUUUAAUUUCUCUUUUUGUAAAUUUGCAUUGAUUGCAGUAGUCAUUUCCAUUUUAUAUGGAUUAGUAAUUAUUUUAGUGCAUUUCAUGCCCUUUUUACCAGGUGAUAUUUUGUGGAUAAAUAAAUAUACUGUUGCGAGUUUAAAA